GAUCGUUCCAAUGCUUCGAGGCGUUGUAACGCUUCCCGAUCGUCUCAACGCAUUUCAACUCUUUGGAAAAGUCAACAAAAACUGAAAAUCUUUCUGCGAGCCAUGCUUUGCCAUGGCCUGCCACCGUUGCAGCUCACAUUCUAUUGGGCUGUUUGAAACCCAGUUUUCGAUUUAAUGGAGGGCUUGAACUUGGAUCAGUUGGAAUAUAAUUUUAAUUUCCCAGACAAUAUAGCCAUCAAUUAUUUCAAGGAACAAUCAAUAUACAUCAAUAUAUGGCAUAUCUAUUCAUGCGUCGACGGGAUAGUUGUGUUCCCAAUUUCGUGACCAUGGAUGUGCCUCAGAGGCACCUAGAGCUGGAAUCGAGAAGGCCAUUCGACUCAUUUCAGGUGCCAUCGGACAUUCAGACGCUGCACGAAGAACUGGCUGAAAAAGAUGCGCAAAUUCAACAACUGAAAGGCCAAGUGGUCACUAUUGCAAGGUUGAAACAUGUUUCAAAGGCGGAUUCCCUACCAAAACGCCAGUCGCAAAAUCCAAAAACCAAAGUCAGCCCAUUCCUUACGGCACGCAUAUUGCUAACGACGCUGAGUGCUGAGUCAUGCUGGGAUUCCGAAAGGCGGUGGGAUAAUGCCUUCAUGCAAGAGGGGCAUUUACGCGAGUUUCUCGAAUGGCCAAGAAUGUCGGAAACGAUCAAGAACAGCAUUGGCGAGCCUACAAUCCACCAAACAAUCCACCAGGCAGCUGGAAGAAUGCGACGUGCCAUUAGAUUCCAGAUGAAUUCCCCAGGAAACAUCGCAUUGGUUUUCCCAUUCUGGCGCCCAGAUCACAACUGCGAACUGCACUCCUGUGAUGGGGCAGUUCAGUUACGUGGAACACCUGAUGGACGCAGACGAUAUCCCAUCGACCCCCUCCUUAUCCAUAUGCAAGAGGGCGAACCAAAGCACUGGAUGUUCCGAUCCUGUUACAUUCUUCGCACUCUGGGCGUGAUCCUCUUUGCUGGAAAAUUGCCUGAGAUGGACAAUGCAAAAAAUGUCAUCAAGUCUUGUUGGGAUAUUAGUGCCCCAAACUGCACUGCAAAGGUUUACAACAUCCGCGAGGUUACUCCAGGACUCAUUGCCCUCGCUGCCGUUUCAGCCUGGAGAGUUUUACUUCCCCCUGAGGAUCGGCACCAGGAUGAAGACCGGUUCCACUUCUGGAGGAAGUGUCUUAUAAUGGCCAUUGGUGCAGAGAAAAAAUAUGCAAAGGGCAGACCAAUGCCCUUCCACGAAACAAUGUCCCAAAUGAACGAAUGGUUAUUUGGGCAGGCUUCCGGACAAAGUGGGAACGAGAAGUUGGAACAGGUGCCGGUAUCGCAAGUGACGGACUUAGGGGCCAAGUCCAACCUCUUGUUGGAGCAUGAAUUCUUUGCCGAGUUUAAGGCAGCAGUGAUGACGGAAGAAACGGAAUUAGAAACUGAGGCAGGUGGGACCCCAGACCAAUUGUCCAAUGACGCCAACUCCAACAACAGCAAUAGCCAUGGGACCCUAGCCGCGGUGGUCACUGAGAAUGCAGCUACAUGCCCAGCAGUAGAACCACCCAUAGGUUCUACUGCAACCACUGCAGGCGCAACCCCAGCCACGCUUGCAGAAAGUGUACCAAGUGGCACUUUGCCGGUUGCUCAAGGCAAGCAGAAGAGAAAGCGCAAUACACAGAAAAGCCAGGCCAAGGGGUCUGUUCGCAAGAGUCGACGUGUCAGUGGCCCCGUGGGAGACACCAACAUUCCCAUUUCUGAUAUUGCAUUGGCGCUGCCCACUCAAAAUAGUGCCCAAAAUGCAAAGAGGCUGACUCCUCAAAAUCUCAAGCAGCACGAAGCUGCUUGUCGUGUCAAUCAGACCCGGGAUCAAGUGAGGCAACGCAUGAUGGAUGAGGAUCGACAGCGUCUUUAUGAUGCUAUAGAAAGAUCGAAGGGUUCAGUGCUUCUCUCUUCAGGAAUGCAUCGCACUCCGGGGACUGGGGAUUUAUUAGAAGACUUUGAAAUCUUUGAGUGUCCCUCGGGUUCAUUAGAUGCUACAAUAGCUAUACAGACCGCCGAUGCAAGCAUGCCUGAAUCAUCCGUGCCCGCAGCUGAGGCACACCAAGACAGUUUUCCUACUCAUCCCAACUUGGAUGCCGUCAAGAUCUUUGUUAGAACCCACCCUAAAGCCCGGAUGGCCACUUCAUUAUUAUUAUCUGCAGCUCCAACACCCGUUAUGUCCAACUUUGAAGCAUUCCACCCAUUUGCCACUAAAGAAGAUCUUGAAUUCACGGACAUCUGCAUUAGGAACAACAUAAAGAACGAGCAACACGCGAGGAUUCCAAACUCGCCGAUAACACUAAAAAAUCACCGGGAACUGUUCCAAAUACUUGAUCAGGCAUCCAAUGCCUCAACCACUUUUGAGACAGUCACCGUUGAACAUCGACUGCAAACCCUCUAUCGGAAAGUCAAAGUGCUUUGUAAAUCAAUCUUCAACUGGGUCAUGGAGCUCCUGCGAGACCCCUUCAUCUGUCCAUCUGUUCAUUGGUACCCAGAGCAACAGUACUCCCAGCAUCCUGAUGGUUCAUGGGUGCGACGCAUUGGGGAGCCGUGGACGGGUGAUGACUUUUGGGCUGCCUGGGAUGCUAUCCCCGAAAGUACAAAUGGAAUCGAAAACUGUCUAUUGGGCAUCUAUAUCUACGCCGACAAAUCAAAACUCUCCUCUUUCGGCUCUGUCAACGGUUACCCCGUUAUCGCACGACUGGCCAAUCUGCCCCGAUCUAUGAGAAAUUCCCGAGGAGUUGGUGGUGGAUGCUUGGUUGGGUGGUUGCCAGAUCUCCAUCCAAACGGAUCCGAAAGCUGUGACAGCCAUUGGGCUGAAUUCCAAGCACAAAUUUACCAACGAGCCAUGUCUGAGAUCCUCCGGUCACUCUGUCGGCCAGGCGCAUAUGGACAAAACAUAGUGUGUGCAGAUGGGGUGAUGAGACGCAUUUUCCCUUUCAUAUUUGGACUCAUUGCAGACAAUCAAGAAAUAUGGAGCAUGUUAGCGAUGCGGGGCGGUCAUUCGAUAAUGCCAUGCCCUAUCUGUCUUAUACCCCGGGACAUGUUAAGUCGGCUCGAUCUGGUGUUUGAGAGACGCACAAAGGUUCAAUCGCGCAAUGUCAUUAAUGCGGCAGCGACUAUGGCAAGUAAGGGUGGGGCUGAGGAACUCCUAAAGUCACAGGGACUCCGAUCGCAUGAGGUAAACUUUGCACUCUCAGUGGUAGGCUCAACUCAUGGCCCAAAGAGCGCGUUUUCAACAGUGCCUAACUGUGACCCCCAUUGGGCUGUUACAUUCGAUGUUUUACAUACAUGGCUCGAGGGCGUCUGGGGGGAUCAUAUGUUUGCGAUGAUCAGAGGUGUUGUCCCUCUCCUUGGAAGGGACAUUGUCGGACGAUUUGAGACAACGUUAUCCUCACUCCCGCGAUGGAAGGGCCUCAAAUCAUUCCCAUCAGGCAUCCUCAGCCAGAGUUUCAAUGAUGGAACCACGAAGGACCAUGUACUCCGGGUCAUCCUGCAUGCAAUGCAUGCGUUGAAUCCCAACCUAAUCCGCUUAAUACACUGUGUACGGAACAUGGCAGUAAUCAACAUCUUGUUCCAAUGUGAGAUCCUGGACGAUGAUAGAAUUUCGCGUGGACACGCGGCCCUUCAAGAGCUUCAACAAUUGACUCAGGGAGAACUUGUGCCUGCAACGCUUAUUGCUCGAUCAGAGGACCUCCGAGAGAAGAUGCGAAGCAAGCGGGCAUCCGAUGGACAGAAGUCCUGGUCAUUCCCCAAAUUCCACAUCCUACUUCAUCACAGUUUCUCAUCCUUCACGGCCAAAGGAGUGCCCGCAAACUCAAGCACGAAACCAAAUGAAAAGGAGCACAAAUUUUUUCGCGAUACAUUUCAUGCAGGCAAUUUCAAGAACACCGCCGAGCGAGUUACCAUCCAGACACAGCGAGUCCAAAUCCUGGACCUUAUUCGUCAAGACAUCGAACAUUCCACCACCAGCACCAGCGACCCAUCCACUGUGGCACUGGAAGGACCCGUCAAUUCUGCAAUUCUUCGUACUAACUAUGGACUGCAUAAUAUUGAUGGAUCCAAGGCAAAUUGGGUGAUUCUACGACACUACUACAAGAUCCGGUAUCGAUCUUUCGAUGAUGGAAGUUGGGGUGAAGAAUUCGUACGGACAAACAAGACUUUCCAUGGUCGUCACAGGGAUGAUGCUGUAGUGAUGGGGGACCUGUCCAGCAGCGUGAGGUUUGCCCAAGUCCAUGCACUGCUUGAGAUAUCUGCGGGAUUGUCCCAGGAUCUCAUUGCACUAGUGUCCGACUUCCACAUGGCCUCACUCUCUGAGUAUACGGCACAAGACCGAGCCACUGGAUUCUUGCUAUUCCAACUCGACAACGCCGAAAAUUCUCACUUUGUGCCGGUGACGGACUUCACUUGGCGGGCAUUUUUGGCCCCUACAUCUGACAGACAGCGGCCUCGCCAUUACUUACUUAAUGAUGUAAUCGAUACAGACAUGUUUUUUCGCUUGAAAGGUUAUCAUCCCUCAGCAUGUAAUAUUGCGGGACCCUCAGACAACUAA